AUGGACCAGAAGAAGAUUGAAGCUGUGAUGUCAUGGCCCACACCCAAAACAGUCAAACAGGUUCAGGCAUUCCUAGGAUGUGUAAACUAUCUCUGCUGUUUUAUCCCAAACUUUAGCGCAGUUGCACACUCCCUCCACAACCUCACAAAAAAGGAUACCCCAUGGUCCUGGGGAAGCCAAGAGGAGGAAGCGUUCCAAGAACUGAAAACCCUAGUCACAAAAAGCCUGGUCCUCAUUCAUUCCAACCCCAAAUUACCCUACUAUCUGGAAACAGACGCGUCUGGGUCCUUCUCUGGCGCCAAAGCCAACUACAACAUGCAUGACAAAGAGCUAUUGGCAAUCAUCAAGGCAUUAGAAGAAUGGCAGAUAUUUUUGGAAGCAACAGAUAGACCUAUUCAGGUGUUCACAGAUCAUUGGAAACAAUCUGGAAAGCCUGAUGCACUGUCCAGAUGCUCAGACUAUACAGAUAUACCCCAAGAACCAGAAGUUAUGCUCCCAGCUGAAGUCUUUGCCAACACCUCCCAGGAGGAGUUAGAAAUUGUCACAGAGAUCCAUUCCCAGUUGAGAGAAGACCCAUCACUGGAACCCAUCAUUCAAUUCCUGACAGAAGAUGUGGAAAAUGGACCUCUGUCCAUCCAAAAGGUGUACAAGGACUAUGAUUGGGAAGAGGACCUACUUUGGUACCAAGGAAAACUAGUAGUCCCAGACUCAGAACCACUAAAGGAGAAGUUGUUGAGGGAAUUUCAUGACUCCCCAUUAGCAGGACACCCAGCCAAAGAAUGGGUUGAAUGCUGCCCAACUUGCCAAGCAAACUGUUGCCCACAUGCCCCAGUAAUUGCUUUGAAACCCCUAGAAGUGCCCCCAUUUUCAUUCCACACCAUCUCCUACAACUUCAUCACAGGAUUCCCAAAGUCCCAAGGGUGCAACACUAUCCUAGUUGUAAUUGACUCAUUCUCCAAGUUUGGCCACUUUAUCCCCACCUCCAAGAAGAUCACUGCUAAAGGCCUUGCAGACCUGUUCAUCACCCACAUCUGGAAACUCCACGGGCUACCUGUCAAAACAGUCUCUGAUUGGGGAACAACCUUUAUGGGGAGAUUCCUGAGGGCACUCUACCAGUGGCUUGGUGUCAAACUGGCAUUCUCUUCAGCCUAUCAUCCAGAAUCAGACGGUCAAACAGAAAGGGUGAACCAGUUCAUUGAAUUCUACCUACAAUCCUACAUUGCAGCCAACCACUCCAAUUGGGCUGCUUGGUUACCAUUGGCAGAAUAUGCAUACAAUAAUGCCAAACACGCAGCAACAGGAAGAACACCUUUUGAACUAGUCUAUGGACGGAAUCCAGUAAUGAACCCAUCUAAUGUCCCAGCCAACAUCCCAGAGGCAGACACAGUAGCAGAUACACUGGCCUGGGAAUGGAAAGAAGCCAAGGCAGCCCACAGGAUGAGCAAGGAAAGGAUGUCUAGGAACCAAGGAACACUUCCAGAAUAUUCAAUAGGCAAGAAAGUGUGGAUAGAUGGGAAGAACAUGGAACUCAGAACCAACUCCAACAAACUAGACCCCAAACAGUUAGGUCCCUUUGAAAUCACAGAAAAAAUCUCCAGCCACGCAUACUGUCUAAAACUCCCAGAAUCCUUGAAAAUCCAUGAUGUGUUCUACAUGGGUCUCCUAUCCAAAACCCACAAAUCCCCAAACCAACCAUUCCCAGAACAACCCCCUCCUGAAACAAUAGAAGGGGAGGAAGAAUACAAGGUGGAACAAAUCAUCAACUCCAAAAGACAACAGGGAAAAUGGUUUUACCUAAUCAAAUGGAAGGGAUAUGGCCCAGAAGACAACUUGUGGGAACCUGAAGAACUACUGGAACAUAGUCAAGAAGAAAUUAGCUGCUUCAACAAAUCACAACUGAAAAAGGCUUGUGACUCUGCCAAAAGCCUUUAA